GAGAUCGAGUCAAAAAUAGAAAGCAUAUCCUACCAGAGCCUGCACACAACCCGACCGCCAGGCUCUCUCACUUCCCAGUGAGAAUCGACAGUUUUGAUGCAUAGGCUCCUAACCACACACCAAAACGAUGUUGAGCUUCCUAGCUUCAUCAUUAUUAGCUAUAAGCAUCAUCUGCUCGGUUGAUCCCGGGGCGGCUGGUCCCCUGGAUGCGCUCAGCUGGGCCCGGAUGGACAACAUCAAUCUGCCAUGGUUGCCAUAUGAAAACAUGUCGCGAUGCUACGGUGAUUUGGGGUGCCUGAACAUCACCAAGGACUGGUACCAUCUGAUCUUUCGGCCGUUCAACGUGUUCCCGCUGCCGCGGAGCGUGAUUAACACGCGGUUCAUACUGUACACGGAGAAGAACCCGACCGACGGGCAGCUGCUGCAGGCGGAAGUGAAGGACACGAUGGCGAAGUCGCACUUCAACGCGGAGUGGCCGACCAAGUUCAUCAUCCACGGGUUCAUCGAUACGCCCCUGUCGAACUGGGUGUCGGAGAUGCGCGACGAGCUGAUAACGCGCGGAUCGCUCAACGUGAUCGUGGUCGACUGGGCCGGCGGCUCGCUGCCACUGUACACGCAGGCCACGGCCAACACGCGGCUGGUGGGGCUGGAGAUAGCGUACCUGAUCCGCAAACUGCAGGAGUACCACGGGCUGCGGCCGGAAGACGUGCACCUGAUCGGUCACUCGCUCGGCGCGCACACGGCAGCGUACGCCGGCGAGAGGAUCGCGGGUUUGGGCCGCAUCACGGGCCUGGAUCCGGCGGAACCGUAUUUCCAGGGUAUGGGGCCGAUCGUUCGGCUCGAUCCAUCCGACGCAACGCUCGUCGACGUGAUCCACACGGACGGCCGCAGCGUGUUCCGGCUCGAAAUCCCCGGCUACGGUAUGUCACACGCCUGCGGUCAUCUGGACUUUUACCCGAACAACGGCAAGGAGCAACCGGGCUGUGCGCUGUCGCAGGAGGGCGCGGCCACCAUUCCGCUCACACUCAUCAAGGAUGGCAUCGAGGAGGCGUCCCGUGUGCUGCUGGCGUGCAACCACAUUCGGGCCAUCAAGCUGUUCAUCGACAGCAUCAACGGGAAGUGCCCGUAUGUCGCUCAUCGGUGCCCCUCGUAUCAGCAUUUCCUCAGCGGGAACUGCUUCAAGUGCACCGCCGGUAAUUGCGCCCUCAUGGGAUACCACGCGUCCCUGCCCAUCACGACGGCCAAACAGAACGUGUCCGAAAACGAUGUCGUGAUCGGUUCGUCCGUCCCGGUGGCUCCGCAGCCGGGAAAAUACUUCCUGGCCACGGGCCGUGAUUUUCCCUUCUGUCAGCGCCACUACCGGUUCACGGUGGAACUGGCAAAGCCCAAAAUAGCCGAAACCUGGGUGCAGGGCCACCUCACGGCGGGAAUCUUCUCCGAGCGCGGUGCCCUUCGCAGCAUUGACCUUACGCCGAAGGGGACGGCACGGUUGGAACACGGCACCACCUAUCAGGUGGUGGUCACCAACCCGCACGAUCUCGGCGAUCGGAUUCGAAAGGUGGAGCUCUCGUGGACCCACGACAUGAACGUCCUCGAGCCGACGACGCUGUGCCUGUUCUGGUGCAACAGCCAUCUGUACGUGAAAUCGAUACAGGUCGAAACGAUGCAGAUGCCAUCGCGAGAGAAGCGAAACAUUGAGUACUCCAAUAAGCUGUGCGCUCCGAAGCGCGACUACGCCGACAUUGCCAGCCGGGGUUCGUACUCGUUCUAUGACAACUGCAAGCGGUAGAGGUCGGGGGGUUAGGUCGAUAGCGAUCCCAGCAACCGACGGUUGCAGACAUCGUGCAGACGAUUUCAAACUUAGUGUGAGCGUGUGUGUAUGUUCUUCACCAGUGUGCAUCGAGGAGUCAUUCCGUACACACACACGCGCGCGCACGCAGCACCUUUUCACAUGUGAUUUACUCGAUUAUCGUUCGCCGUAACUAGCCCCUAGCAGAGCAGCGUUCAUCUGGUAGCGUUUAUUAUAGUUAGUUGUCGUGUUAAGGACUCGCUUUCGACUGCUGCUCUAUUUUUGUUUCGGUCCCCCGACCACCCCCCGCCCAACCGACUUUUCUCGACUCGCGCCAGCCCGCGCCAGCCCGCGCCCGAGUGUGCUCACGUGCGAGAAGAAUUCUAUACUACACAUCUCGCGCGCGCCGCGAGUCUCAAGGUGAGCCGGCCGGAGUGAGCGACGAGAAAGCGGCGCGUGAGUUGUGUGAUUGUGCCACUGGACGGUGAGAGUGAGCGUUUGUGGUGUAUUUGGGCUCUUCAGUGUGAGGAUCGCGCGGGCUUUUCACAACCUUCCGGUCGGUUCCGGAACCUCGCCUCGAAGCCCAGCCCUCCCGCGCCCAUCCGCUAGCCAUCCUUUCGAACCGAGCGUUGCCGAUUUAAAUCAUUUCUAUGAAAUAUUCCACUACUCACGCACUACUACUUCCUGCCUACUUUUAGCGUAGUUUUCCUAGAGUGUGUGGACCUCGUUUAUAGUGUUUAGAGCGCGUAGAGAGUGUUCCGAAAAGGGCUCUUGCCACCCUGCGGAAACAAUGCGGAGUACAGCCGUCAGAGUCAGAGAAAGAGAGAGAAAAAAUGACAAAUGACCUAAGGAUAUAGGCAAAAAUGGGACAGCGCAAACGCCGCUUGGUUUGGGAUGAACAGUUUGGGGAUAGAGGGGGUCCAAACCCAAGUGAAACAGUUCCCACAGAUUGCGCAGCAUGCUGCUCAUCGCCCAGAUGCGGGUUGAUGCGGAGGAUCGGAGGUUUUCUUUACCCUUCGGGAGCCAUAUAAAAGUACGCGUUAGUUUUAUGUUGUUUCGAUUUUGUUUUAUUACUAUUCAUGUAGUCGAAGAAAAUGGCCUAACACAUACGCUAAGAUCGUUAGAGACACACAGGGGAAGCUUGUUAGAAUGACGGGGCGGCCACCGGUCAUUCGUGGCCGUUUCCCCGUUGCCGCGUUUAUUUUAUUGUUUGUUUUUUGUUACGGACAACUGUAUUGUGAUACCUUAUCAACCGAAAAGAGUGAAUUGUGUAAAUUAUGAAAUAAAACGAUACCUUUUA